AUUCUGAUUUUCGCAAAUUAUCGAGUCUUUUUCGUUGUAGUACUCUGUUUAUGGGUACAUUAUAUAUGUUAUCCCUUAAUUUAUAGCAGUGGUUUGUCUGUCUCACGUCUACCAUCAAAAAUACCCAGUGAGGGAGGACCACUGUAAUUUUGUAGGAAGUGAUGACUAUUCAGUUUAAUAAACUUUAUGAUAAAUGAUCGAUACAUAAUUGCAUAAACCUGGAUGCAAUCUAAUUUUUCUUCGGUCUUCAUCAUUACACCUUGCUUGUGAAACGUUUCUGUUCCCCAAUCAAUUAAGGGACUGUCAUUGAAAUGUUAUAUGUAUUAGUCGUGCAAUCUACCCAAUUCGUAUAGAUCCUGUCGUGUAUUAAAAAAAACUUCCAACGGUUCACAAUCAGAAAAUACCAAAUCUAAUCUCAAUUCACAACAGCACUUCACUAUUUUUUGGACAGGACGUGGGUGUCUGUGUGGAAUGUAUGGGUUACGGUCUAAUGAACACUGCAUACAAUUUCAUAAAUAUAUUAACAUCUAGGCUGGUGAAAACGCUGCACAUUGGUUAAAGGGUCUCAUAAUUUUUGGUAGUUACUGUGUGACUCCAGAUCAGUGUUUGAAAAGCAGGUAAAUAAACACUAUUCAUUGUGGUUGCUUGUGUCUUGAUGAACAAUGUGGGUUUGUAUUUAUUUGACUGUUCUUAGCUUUCUUCCACUCUGUGAUGACCAGUAGGGAGUGUCCAAGGAUUAGUUCGUGACUUCAAAACGUUAAAACGUAUCCAAAUAAAGUAAUAUCAUAUAAAAAGGACUUAAUUGUAUCGUUUCUGUACUGCAUCGUGUGAAAUAUGUAAUGCAAGUGAUGCUUCAGUCUCUGUUUCCUGUUUUGACGUUAAGAAUUUUUUUAUUUCAAAAAAAAUUAGGUCCGGUUAUUAAAUGAAAUAUUUCUGAAUGUCAAUUAGCAACAAGGACGUGAUCGCAUUAUCAAAGUAAGUCUUGAAUUUGUGUAAACCAAUAGCUUGGACUUUUAGAUUUGGAUGCCGCUUCUGGUCAAAUAAAAUCACGUUUUUAGAGUACCAUAUAUAUUUUCCGUAAUAAAACAAAAUUACAAUGUCGACAAAAAGAUUCAGCAUAGAUGUCUGAAUAGUAAAUUGACUAGAGGUUUCAUUUCUAUUUACAGUACGUCUCCUUAACAUCCUUAAAUGGAAGAGUCUGUUUUACAAGCAUAAAGCAGAAUUAAUGGAAUUGAAAGGUACACUUGUUGUCUCUUACUGACGGACAUCGAACGUUAUUUUUUCUUUAUCCUUCACUAAUUUGUGAUUAUUUUCCUACUUGUUUAUCUUCCAUUUGUAAUAAAUGUCCUUCUGCUUUGUCCUCAUAUUUCUUUGUUUCUGUCUGUUUUCCCUUUGUAUGACGUACAGUUUAGUAUAUGCGGUUUUGCCUGAGAUUUGUUUGAUUCACCCAAAGGUUUAGUCAUCGACAAGGAAUUAAUAAUGUUGUAACCAUAGUCCUUAGUACAUUAUAAAGUGAAACCCAACUAUAUGAAUUAAAAGUUAUUCGGAAUGUUUUAGUAUUCAUUUGUGUGCCACUUAACACCAAAUAAUUUUUUCGAAACACUAUAUUACACCAAGCUACUUAACCCAUUGUUAAAGUUACCAAUUUCUCUUCAGUGAUUCUCUUUUAUUAUCUACAUGAAUAUUAAUACAAACUCUAAGGCAUCAUUCUUCCCUCGGAAAACUUUAUCCUUCUUCUCCAUGCAAUUAACAGAUUUCCUGUCGGACUCAUCUUUUCAAAUGCCAUCGCAUUACUUCAUGUAGUACAUUUUUUGUUGUCCCUACUAGAGCAAACCCUUAUUUCCGGAAGAUCAGAAUAACAUAAAUUGACAACAACGUUUAAAAUAUUGUUUCUUUCCCUUGUCUUGAUAGCUUUCUUCAUCCCGAUCGGAUUUCUCGUCAAACACUACAAGGUAUUAGUAGCGCAGCGCAACAACAAUUCGCUAAAUCAGAUCGAUAUAAACUAUGCCGUGUUUUAAUGUUUCUCCUUCAAAAUGACUUCUUUCAUGAUGCAAUAAUACAUUUUGCAGCUGUUUAUUUAUUAUGGGAUUUGUGGAAAUCAGAUAACUCUUCCAUCAAUAAUAAUCCAUUCACAGAAUUUUUAGUUUCGUUUAUGCAGGAUGAAGUGCAUUGCAAGUUGCCGCGAUCUGCAAUUUCAAUGUUUCAUACAAUUCUUCGACAACCCGAUCAAAUUCAUGAUUUUCUGAAAUAUACCCCAGCACAGAUAUUUGAUUUACCGUAUUCGACUGACCUUAGACUUGACUGGGAUCUGGUUCCAGUAGCCAAUUCACUGAAAUCAUCCGGUCGUGUUCCGAAGUUCGCUGACUCUGGAAUGGUUUGUGUUGUUGCUGAUGAAGAUAUUCCACGUUCUUUCGAGCCAUCAUUUCACUUACAUAACACAGAUGAUUGCAAUGGUACAUCCGAAUUACAACGUCAAUGUUUAGAUUCUAUUUUGUUACGUAGUGAACUGUUAAUAGGUCGCAAUAAUGUCUUCCCAGAGUUUCUUCGUAUUGCUCCACCUUUGUUACCGUGCCCCCAAGGAAUUGAUGAGAUUUUAUACAAUUUAGAUGAGGGAAAUGAAUCUAUCAGUCGUACAGUUUCCAACUUAAGUCCUUCAGAGAAAAAAUCUAUCAAGAAGUCUAAACCCACUUACGGCUGGUCAGAAGAACUUAUUUGGCUUAAUCCAGACAUUGUGGAGCAUGAUUUUCAUUGGAAUAACAAUAUGGAACUUGUUGAUAUAACAGUUGAGCUUCGUCAUUUGGUUUCUGCAGCCAUGACAUCCACUUUAACCCAGUCUCAGCAACAAACUGUUGUCCAGGCAAUUAAAGAUAAUCCAGAUGUUAUCUAUAAUGUUGGUAUCACUCCAGAGAUUGUACCGAAUUUCGUUAACCGUAACCCAGUUAUUGCUAUUGAAGUUUUACAAUUGUUGAUUACAUCACCGAAACGAGAUGAAUACUUAAAUGCUCUACUAAAAAUGGAAGUUACUGUACAGUCAAUUGAAGUAGUAAAUCGAUUAUCUACAAAAAUUGCAUUACCUACAGAAUUUAUACAAGAUUAUAUAUCAAAUUGUUUAGCAUUUUGUUAUUCAGUAAAUGAUAAAUUUUAUCAGAUGAGACAUGUUCGUUUGGUAUGUGUAUUACUUCAAUCACUGAUCAGGAAUAACAUAUUGGAUAUUCAUAAUCAGGAUAUUUUAAUCGAAGUGAGGACUUUCUGUUUAGAAUUCACUAAAGCUCGAGAAGCGACCACUCUUCAUAGACUUAUUUUGAAUAUGGAGAACACUAAUACAGCCUCAUCGGCUACAACGUUCAGUAACAACAUCGGCACUUCCACGACUACGACUAGUAGUCCUACUUGUUCAUCAACCAGUACACCACAACCAGAAAUUUCUAAUGAAAAUAAAGAAACUUCCUAAUAACUGGGUUGCUAUUGUACAUUACAGAUGAAUUGUAUAGAUAAUAAAUAAAGACACAAAUGUCUAAUUUU